AGUCCGAACCAUAGACGGCCGCCGCAGCCACGAAGCGCCACUUCAGACUCCGUCUCAACGAUCGGGCUAUUUCCAGUUCAUCAACUACUAAUGCAAUAAGUUUCGGUUUUCUGGAAGUUCUGUACAACCUAAACCUUUGUGCUUUUGGCGCAGCCCCGGCGACGGAAUGAAACGUUGAUGGCGACAGAGAAGAGGGAACCACGGUGGCCCAAUGAUGAGAAGCGAGACUAUCUCCACAACCUCCUGGCUAACGUUACUACAUUCUAUCUUGCCUUCAACGGGGUACGUGUUUCCCAUCUCUAGAGCCAAUCAUAAGACUCUCCCCAUAGUCAGGACGUCACCGCCCGACCGAAACGAUCGUUAUCGGCCCCGGUCCAUGGAAACAAACGAAAAGAAGGUGAGUCUCAUUUACAUAUUCCGUUCCAGGGAUCUAUCUUGCCGGACCCAGCGGGCGAUCUGCUCACUUGACUUCACCUUUGCCCCAUUCGACACAUCAUUGAAACCGGAACAGGAGAUCUACUUUCUGGGGAAUCAAUCUCAAAAGUUGGCCUGUGGUGUGUCUAAUACUCAAUGAGGAGGAAAAUCCGUUGGUAAGCGAGGUUUAGGUCGGCUGCAGUGCAGCAGCAGC